UGAGGGGCCCGCUGUGUUACAAACGGUUGGCGAAGGUGGUGGUGGUAUAGGAGGAUAGGCUGGGGCGGCAGAUGAGGGGAGGGGGCAUUUACGGGACCCAGGGUAUGCUUCUUUCACUUUAUUGUCACGUAUUUUCCCGGUGUCCGUGGACGAGCUCUCACACAGCUUUCAGGGAGUCACACGUUCAAUGCGCAGCCGUAAACGGAGCACGGUCGCGGGCAAGGCAGCUGCCGCUGACUCCAGCUUGACUUUUUAACUCAGCCGCUGUGUCGAGGGGACCGAAAAACAGGAGAACCGUCCGACGGUGGACACAACAUACGUGUAAAAUAACCUUUGUGGCACCUAACGGCUCUUAAACGUGUGUCGUGUUCAUGCAGAGGGCCUAGGCUCAGGACGCUGCUGCUGCUGCUGCUUCAGUAAAGCCAUGAUUGGAUGAAGAAAGAACCAUUGACUACCAGUAUGGACCUGCUCCAUCCUGGAGUUUUCCACCAUCCUUAGCUCUCAGAUCUGAGUCCACAUAACUCUGAACAGUGACCACAGCCAGUGUAUGACAGACCUGUCAGGUGAUCUGUCUGGUGCAACGAUGAUGUCAGUAGACGUGACCAAUCGUAACGGCCCUGCCGCCACGCCCCCCACCUCACUCAGCCUUCGCUCUUCACACAACCAGCUCCUCACCAGCGAUGUCAUCAAACAAGGCUCCGCCACUCCUCCCAAAUGUCGGAAGAAGUAUGCGCUUACCAGCAUCCAGGCCGCCAUGGGCCUCGGUGAAGUGGUGCCGCCCUCAUCGGCAUCAUCAUCUCCAUCGUCAUCCCCGUCACAGUCCUCCACUCCCAACAAUCCCAAACUAGCAAAGAAUGGGGUGAACCAGCUUCGUAAAGCUGGCCAGGACCACAACAAAAACACAACUGACCCUGAUUUGAUGGAUUCAGAAAUAAUAGCAGAUGACCUUAAUGUCAACGUGGCAGAGGAACAAGACAGUCGCACUCUUACUAAUAAUGAUCGAGAGGAAGAUGCCAACCUUCACCCAGAUACUCACAGUGAUGUAGAGGCUGAGCAGACGACAGAGCCUGACUUGGACUGUAACAUAAACACUACUGUGGAGCUCAAACUGAGCAGCAGCACGGCUGAUUUGGACUUUGACUCAGAGGACACCAAUGACAUCAGCAUCUUGUCUGAGAAGGAAAUGAUGUUAAAGAUGAAGAUCGAGGAAGAUGAGAUGGUGGGGGGAGAGGAAGAUGAGGAGACGAAGCCUUUACUGACAGUAGACAGUGAACCCCCUGUGAAGAACCACAAAGUUUCUCCAGGCCUGGAGCUCAUCUCUGACCUCCACUCCAACCUCAAGCUCCUCAAAUCUGGCAAGAACUCUCCAGUACCCCCUCCUCCUUCCCCACCCAAGCAAGCCAGUCCAGAAGACACUCCCCUGCUCUCCAUGGUCUCCUGCCCCUCCUCUUCCUCCUCAUCCUCCUCUCCAGAGACGAAGAAGGACAGAAGAACUGGCGCAAAGACAGACUGUGCUUUGAACCGCAUCCAGAAUCUGAACCCCAGUGACGAAGAGUUGAGCUGGACUACCUUGUCCCAGGAGAGCAACUCGCCAGAGGAGACAGAUAUUUGGAGCGAGCAGUCAUUCCAGACAGACCCCGACCUGCCUCCAGGAUGGAAAAAGAUUACAGACAUGGCUGGUAUCUACUACUGGCACAUUCCUACAGGCACCACUCAGUGGGAACGGCCCGCCACUCAUCCACAACCCCCUGGACAGAUGGAGUCCACGGCCCUGGGUGACCACUCAGCCUCAACACCACGUAAACCUUCCCUGGGCUCACUCAGCCCCUCACCCACUCCAGACCACGAGUCAUGCCAGGCCGAGAUCUUCUUCAGGGGGUCGACUCGCUCGGGCAGCACCACCUCUGACAGCUCAGUGGAGCCUCUGUCCACUCACGAGCCCACACUCCCCACAUGUGGAUUUGUGAACAGCUGUUACUUUCCGCGCUCCACGUCUCUGCAGGGUGUGGAUCAAGAGUGUCGCUCUCAGAGUCACGAAGAUGAGGAAAAGAAACAGGUGUGGAGUGAAUUUGGCGGAAAAAUUGAUAGUGAAAUGUGGAAGGACCUGCAGGCAGCCACAGUGAACCCGGACCCCAGUCUGAAAGAGUUUGAGGGUGCUACGCUUCGCUACGCGUCACUCAAGCUAAGGAGCCGUCCAGCAGCAGAAGAAGAAUCCAGCAGUAUUAACAGUGACCCUGAGGCAAAGUGUUUCGCCGUGCGCUCUCUGGGUUGGGUGGAGAUGGCCGAGGAGGACUUGGCUCCUGGAAAGAGCAGCGUCGCUGUUAACAACUGCAUCCGGCAGCUGUCCUACUGCAAGAACGACAUCCGGGACACCGUUGGCAUCUGGGGAGAGGGGAAGGACAUGUACCUCAUGCUGGAGAAUAAUAUGUUGAACCUAGUCGACCCCAUGGACCGCAGCGUGCUUCAUUCUCAGCCAAUCGCGAGUAUCCGAGUUUGGGGCGUUGGCCGGGACAAUGGCAGAGAGAGGGACUUUGCAUAUGUGGCGAGGGAUAAAAACACCAGGAUCCUGAAAUGUCAUGUGUUCCGCUGUGACACACCAGCCAAAGCCAUCGCCACCAGCCUGCACGAGAUCUGCUCCCGGAUAAUGACAGAGAGAAAGACUGCCAAAGCGAUGGCAGGAGGCUCCCUCCAUGACAGGAUGCAGGCAGGACUCGAUCUCCCUUUACAAGCAGAGUUCCCCACACCAAAGACGGAGCUGGUUCAGAAGUUUCAGGUGCUCUAUCUUGGGAUGAUGCCUGUGGCCAGACCGAUAGGCAUGGAUAUACUGAAUGGAGCUAUAGACAGUCUGAUCGGUUCUUCCAGCAGAGACGACUGGACUCCGGUGGCCCUCAAUGUAGCCGACGCUACGGUCACCAUCAGCAAAGACGAGGAUGAAGAGGAUGUGCUGGUAGAGUGUCGUGUUCGCUUCCUGUCUUUCAUGGGCGUUGGGCGUGACGUGCACACGUUUGCCUUCAUCAUGGACGCUGGCGGCCAUCGUUUCGACUGUCACGUCUUCUGGUGUGAGCCCAAUGCUGGGAGCGUGUCUGAGGCCGUACAGGCAGCUUGUAUGCUGUGCGAGAGUCAGCCCCGCGUCUGA